CGGAAAGGACGGAAAUUGGAUUGUAAUCAAAUAUGUACAUUCAUUUCCUUAUGUUGGCCUCCGGCGAGCGAUUAUAAAAGCCGUUGAGCGCAAUGCAUCCUGAGAGUUGUAGUUUUUAUGUGGGGUUUUUUUUUCCAGUGAGGGAGGGAUAGAACUACAACUCCCACAAGCAACAGGGGCCAGUUGAGAUUACGGAAACGCCGCCUGUGGUAAAAAUUAUGCUUUCGUGUUUGUAGUGCGCAAGCGCAGGCAAUCUUGUGUCUAGUAGGGAGGCUCUCCACCGGAGAGUUCGUGGAUGACCAAAGCAGGAACCCUCACAUGUGGAAGCAGAGUGAGAAGUCUCUUGCUAACAGUGGGAGGGGAGGAAUUCGGAGCAUAACUUGAACAUUACCUUGAGCCCGAUAGGAUCCAGGUUCUCACGUGACUGUUUGGGGUUAGGAUGAAAGAUUCUUUGACGCUGCUCUCUCGCAUCCCAGCUCAUCCAGAUUCACGAUGCUGGUUUCUCGCCUGGAAUCCUACAGGAACUCUGUUAGCUUCCUGUGGUGGGGAUCGAAGCAUCCGUAUAUGGAGCAAGGAAGGUGAUGCCUGGGUGUGCAAAUCAUUGCUGGGUGAGGGGCACCAGAGGACCAUCCGCAAGGUGGCCUGGUCCCCCUGUGGAAACUACCUGGCUUCGGCCAGCUUUGACGCUACCACCUGCAUCUGGAAAAAGAACCAAGAGGAUUUCGAGUGUGUAGCUACUCUAGAGGGCCAUGAAAAUGAGGUGAAGUCUGUGACUUGGGCCCCAUCAGGCAGUCUCCUGGCCACCUGCAGCCGAGACAAAAGCGUCUGGGUUUGGGAAGUGGAUGAAGAGGAUGAGUAUGAGUGCAUGAGCGUCCUGAACUCCCACACACAGGAUGUCAAACAUGUCAUCUGGCAUCCCAACCAGGAGCUGCUGGCAUCAGCCAGUUAUGAUGACACAGUGAAACUGUACCGGGAGGAGGAGGAUGACUGGGUGUGCUUCACCACACUGGAGGGCCACGAGUCUACUGUGUGGAGCCUGGCCUUUGACCAGAGUGGAGAGCGCUUGGCCUCUUGCAGUGACGACAAGACAGUGCGAAUUUGGCGCCAGUAUAAACCAGGCAACGAGCAAGGUGUCGUCUGCACUGGCACAGAUCCCACAUGGAAGUGUGUCUGCACUCUAUCCGGUUUCCACACCAGAACCAUCUAUGACGUGGCAUGGUGCCACCUGACAGGAGCUUUAGCCACUGCCUGUGGGGAUGAUGCAAUCAGAGUGUUUGAGGAAGAUCCACUGUCGGACCCCCAGCAACCCACCUUCACCUUGACUGCCCACAUGGCUAGCGCCCACUCCCAGGAUGUGAACUGUGUGGCCUGGAACCCGAAGGAGCCUGGGCUUCUGGCAUCGUGCAGUGAUGAUGGGGAAAUGGCCUUCUGGAAAUACCAGCGCCCUGAGGCUUGCUGAGAGUACCACAUGACAGUGAUGUACCCCUUUUGCUACUAAGAGUGCCACAUUCACAGGCAGCAAGCUGGGUCAAAUCCUCUCACAGUAAACACCAGUAAGAAGACAGAUCAUGUAAUGCUCGUACUGAGUGGUUUCCCUUGUCUCUCAAGAUAGUGAGGCAACAGCUCUCUCAAGAUUCAAGCAAUGGGAACAGAAUGUCUUUCAGCCAUAUGGGAAAACAUUGCACUGGCUGCUACCAGCUUCUCUUGUAGAUUCCACAUUGUGGCAAUGUUGGUCAGAGGAGGCUCACACAGUAGCUUGGACCAGCUGCUGGAUCUCCCACCCCGGGACUAUUUGAGAUCAAUUCUGUAAAUGCCUAGUUGUGGGGAUCUCCUUUUCUGCACUGUAAUUAACAAGAGAGAGACCCUAUGCUGAUUUAUACUUGUACAUUCAAAAGGUAUAGUUGAACCGGGGGGGGGGGGGCAGCAGAGGACACAAAGGGCAGUUAAUGAUAUAACAUUUCAUACAAAAUAAGUAAAAAGCUAUGAUCAUGGAAUCUUGUCCCUGUAGUUGAAUGCUGCAUUAAAGUGUGUUAACAAUUAAGCAAACACAAGAAAGGUUUAGCAUCUGAGUCAAGGGGAACUACUUCAAAGGUCUCCUUAUCCCAUGCCAACUCAAAUUUUCCUCAUUAUCAGUUUUUUAAUAAAAAGGUCAGUGUUCAAAAGUC